CCAGUGAAUACCGAUUCUGAAGAUAUUUCAGCAGAUAUAGAAUCAAUCUCAAUAGAAGAUAAUCAUGAUGUAAAUUCCGAUAUUGAUACAGAGCCUUUAGACAAUCGUAAGUAUAAAGUUUACAAGAGUAUUAAAAGGCCUUUAAAUUCCACAAACAAUCGCCUUACAGAAUCAGACAUAAAAGAACGUGUUGCAAUAUCAUUAAAAAAGACGGCAAAAAACAAAACCAAAAAUAAGCAGCAUUCUACAAGAAAUAAUAUUAAAGUCAAAGAAAAAAGAAGGGCUAGAGACAUAGCAGAAUACGAAG